CCCUACCCGAUUACAGUAACCGCCAAACGACCAAACCAAGAAACAGAGCAUUGAAUUCGAAUCUCCCUCCCUGACGAUUCAUCACCGUCGUUCAAUCUUCUUCGUUUUAGAAUAUUAAUGGAUCGAACAUGUGGCUCCUGCGCCGUUCGAUAUCGGGGCUGUUCUUUCUCCACUGCCAGUGCCAGAGAAGAUGACUUGUAGAAAUGACAGGCUUCCUGCGAGCUCUGGAGCACCAGCAUCACCCGCCACCCCCAGUGGCAAUUCUGUAAUUCCUUACGAUUCCGUGUCAAGCUGUGGGUCUUUGUCCAAUAUUUCUGCUGGUUUUAACAGUGGAAAGCCCCAUAACAGAAACGAAAAUUGGCAGAUGAUAAUGGUCGGAAGUUUUGAGAUUUAUUACAAGAUUUCUGCUUUGGCAUCUGGUAUUAGAUUAAGGCAACUCGUUCCCAUGUCUGCAUCAGGUCCUUCUGAUAAGGGAAUAUCAAAUAGUGCUUAUAUUCAUUUCAAUAAAAGGAAAUAUCAAAUGGAUUCAAUAUCAAAGCUAGUUAAUAUGGAGGAUGCAGCUGCAAGUUCAAGUUCUGAGAAUGUUACUAAGUUUCCACAUGAGAGCCCUAUGUCUGAUUGCCGAAGCGAGAUGGAGAAAUAUUGUUUGCCUACAGAGUUUGGGAAUAAAAGAAAGCAUUUCAGUGCAGUAAAGCCUCAUUCUGAACCAAGAAAUAUGAAAUAUGGAUGUGCUUCCAAGAAUUCAGAUUGUUCCAAGGGUUUUCGUUAUAAUGAACCUUUCGAUAUAUGCUUGUCUGGAAGCAGAAGUUAUGAACUUAAAGCUUCUUAUGCAAGAAAUAUGGAAAACCAGAAUGAAGAAGAUCACAUGGUUGAAUUUACAAAUCCAGAAGCACUGAAUUCCACCAAUCUAAUACUGAGGCCGGGGAUGGUAUUAUUAAAACAUUAUGUCACCCACACUGAACAGGUUGAAAUUGUGAAGAAGUGCAGGCAGCUUGGUCUAGGUCCUGGGGGCUUUUAUCAGCCUGGUUACAAAGAUGGAGCAAAACUUCGUCUGCAGAUGAUGUGCCUUGGCCACGACUGGGAUCCUGAGACUGGGAAAUAUGGCUCUAGACGAACAAUCGAUGGUACUCAGCCUCCUGGUAUUCCUCAUGAAUUUAGUUUGUUGGUUAAAAGAGCAAUUGAAGAGGCGCAUGCCCAUAUUAAAGAGGAACUCAGAGUUAGCAGUGUGGAAGAGAUACUCCCUUCAAUUUCUCCUGAUAUAUGCAUUGCCAACUUUUAUACAACCAGUGGACGACUUGGCCUCCAUCAGGAUCGCGACGAAAGCAAAAAGUCUCUCAGAGAAGGAUUACCUGUGGUCUCCAUUUCUAUAGGUGAUUCAGCAGACUUCCUCUAUGGGGAUCAGAGAGACAUUGGAAAGGCAGAGAGCGUUGUUCUGGAAUCAGGAGAUGUGUUGAUAUUCGGAGGUCGUUCCAGACAUAUAUUUCAUGGUGUGACAUCCAUCAUACCAGACUCAGCUCCAAUGAAUUUGUUGGAAGAAACUAAGCUUCGUCCUGGCCGUCUUAACCUUACCUUCAGACAGUAUUAGAGACACUUUGUUUUCUAUCGUACACAUUGUUUAGUUUUCAUUAUCAAAAGAUCACAAUCCAAUGGAUGGAGUAAUUUAUUUCAAAUAUUUCUACCAGUUCAUGUCCACCACAAGCUUUCUAUAGAAUCUUUUAUUGAGCUAUGCUUAUAAUCAACCCUAAUCCAAUUGUCAACUUUGAGAUUUACGCUGUGACUGCAACAUGUUUUAAUAGUUCUAGAGAAGCCAAGCCGGUGAGCUCAGUUCUUCCCUCUCUCUCACACUGUGGUGAAACAAUUUGAUCAUGGCGGAUUCUGCGAAAGGCGAAUUCCAGGAGAUCAAGAAAAUGGUCAGCCUAAUGAUAUAUAUUAUUACCAGACAACUGCAUGGUGUUGUACGCAAGAAGUGAGGACAACGUCGAGGUAGUCAAGCUAUCGUCUGUAUGCUUUCUGAAUGUGAGGGGACAAUUCAAGAUGUCAGAGCUCUCAGCAGGAGUUGUUUAUGUGGGUGGCCCGAAGAAGUGCCAAGCAAUAACUCCAUGCAUAGUCUGCACCUGAACUUCAAUGCAUAUAUACAUAUGUGGAUGUACAUAUAUGUAUGCAUAUGCUGGCUUUCAUGAUGGUGUUCAAUAUAUGAAUUGCUAGCUCGAGUGUUUACUGUACCACUCAGGCUCACGAGAUAUUGACCCUUUGGUAUAGGACUCCUGAAGUCCUUCUGGGAGCUACACAUUACUGUUGGCUGUAUAUUUGCUUUACUUGUAACAAAACAAGCACUCUUCUCUGGAGAUUCUGAACUGCAGCAGCUCCUGCAUAUAUUCAGGUACUCCAAAUGAACAAGUGUGGCCAGGUAUAAACAAACUCAAUGAACUGGCAUGAAUACCCCCAGUGGAGCCCUCAAAAGUUUGUACAAGGCUGUCCCCAAUUUGGAUGAGAUGGGGUUGGAUUUUUUGUUGCAGCCAAUGUUGCAAAAUGAGCCUGCAGAACGCAUUUCUGCAAAGAAAGCUAUGUAACACCCUUACUUUUAUUUGUUUUCCUCCAGCAUUUUUGCACUUGUGUUAAAUCUUAUGAUCCAUAUUGCUUUUA